GCAAGGUACCUCGCUUUGUUCCCUCUCUAAACGCCACACUUUAUCUUCAUUCGAAGUUACUGUCCAGCGACUUUCCGAGUCAGGUGUGUAGAAAUCUCAUUCGAACUGAAGGCAUGUGUCUCGUCUGUGCGGAGCGUUGGCCUGCCACACAGAAACUCCAUAGCUUUUCGCAGGUCUCGCGUCCGGUCAUUAUCUUGCUCCGAUAUGAAGAGAAUAAACCACUCGUGUACUUUUGCGCUUGAAACAGCACUGGUCUCCUUCAUUUCCGCAUUCUCAAUCCAGAAACUGCCAAUGUCGGUGUUCCUUUCUCAACAGCGGUCGACGCGGGACCCGAGCAUAUCGCAGAAAGCGCCGAGUCCCGCGUACAACUGAAAUGAGGAAACAGCGGAUGGCGAAAGCGCGGCACAGAAACGUACUGGAUUCGCUACGUUAGAGCGUACUGUCUUCUGUCCAAGCAACUGGAGGAUGGUAAUGACUUACCACUCGAGAAACCAGCAGAGGUGCGGGCGUUCCGCGGGAGGGAUCCCUACGACACGCGCUUCGUCUUCUAAGACAUUCCACCUUUCUGCCUUGACAGAAUGGGGAUGCAGACAGCAAGCAGUAUGUGGCCUCUUAUUUUCCAUCCGUCUUCCGUCUCAGCUCCGACCGGUCGAUUGCUUGGACGACAAGGUCGCGACUCAGUCCGGUGUCUCGGUACCCUUACUCGACAGGAUGUGCAGACGGGCACACCCGUGAGAGCGUGUGGUACAGAAAAAGGAAGAGGGGCGGCCGCUGAAGAAGGUGCAAGGGGAGAUUGUCGUCGAUGCAUCGGGAGAUUGACUUUUUUUGGUUUCCGGCUCCUCCUUAUACGACUGUGCCUCAUUGUUGUUCAUAACGCGCCUGCGGGGGCAAGGGGUACAGCGUUAGACGGAGGCAAGAGCCAUGUCACUUUUGCUGCUCAGUUGAAUCUUCGUGAUCCACCAUUCGCUUGGUUUCCCUUUGAAGAAAGACGCUGGGAACAUUUGCAAGAUCUCAGAGGAGAGAGGGGAGGACGGCACCGUACGUGGAAUGACUGGGGGAACCGGAAGUUCUCGACAAGUUCUCAGGAAGGAAGGGUAUCGCUGAGAGGAUUUUACUCUUUACUGAAAAUGUGUGGACUUUCACAGUUGAUUCGAAGUGGCAACAACGAGGGCAUUUUCCGCAGUGAGGGAUUGGCUGAUACGGCUCAAGGGCCUUCUGAGGUCCACUCGACACUACACCUAGGCCAGAAAGAAAGAGGCAUUCAAGGGUGUUUCUCCACUCCUUUUCUUCACAAGAACUCGCUGUCUUUCCUUUCGCCCAGCUCUGCUAGACUGAGCUUGAAUCCUUGCAAAUGUGACCCCCAGUCGUCUUCUGCCACUCGGUCCAGCUCACGUUGGUAUACGGCGUUUCUGCCAGUGCCCGCCGAUAGUUUGCACCCCAAAACUCAGUUAAGAACUUUUCUCGGUGCCAGAUGGGAGCGUCGAAAAUACGCAAGUGUGGCGUGUGGGUUUCGGUCGGAGAAGCGACCUGACACCUUUUUAGGUUCCUGCUUUGUUUUAAAGCAAGUCGCUGUUCAGUAUGGAUCGGCGAUUCGCCCAUUCACUGAGAGGAGCAAGCGGGCACAAGUUCUCGGAGCCGAGAAGUGGAGCGAAGAAAGUAAACCAACGGAAUGGAUUCGCGGGAAAGAGACGUUCCCAGAGAGUGAUCGCGGGGGGACUCCUCUUCACGACGUGGGCCAGGACGAUACCUUGAUUCGUCGCGACGCCGAAGCGGAACAUGUCCAAGACGAGGAAAUCGAUGCCACUGAGGACGAGAAAAGAGCCUAUCGCUGGAUGAAAGCUAAGCGGGAGCAGAAGGGCAAGAAGCAGCUUAGGAAGGAAAUUCGUGUGACUCCUCGAAUAGCUGAUCACGAUUUGCAGGUCAAGGCGAACCGAGCGCGUCAGUUUAUUCUAGAAAAGAACCAGGUUACUUUCACCGUUCAACUUCGUGGGCGUGAGAGGAGCAACCCAGAGUUGUACCGACCGCUUCUCGAACGCAUAGCAGGGAUGGUGGAUGACAUUGCCGCGCCGGCGAAUGCGAUCAAGCAGCAGACGAACGCUCUUAGCCAGUUGUUUCAACCGAGAAAGAAAAAAUGCUCAUCCAAGCUGACUUCCCCACCUGCUGGUGCAAAUCCAUGUUCUGCCACAGAGGACCUCCGUGAGUCUGUCGAAGUCUCGUCGGAAGGCUGACACGGUGAUCUCCUUAUCAGUGAAGCUUCUCAGGCUUUUAUGAUGAUAUGAACAUGCAGAACUGUUUGCUAACGAAGUCGACGUCUUACUGCUGUUAAUUGUCGUUUUUCGCCGGAGGGAAAGCAAGAAAUUCUGCUCGCCGCUGCAUCUUGCUUCUCGUCCGGUUCUGGUAGACUGGUACGGUGGGACGAUGAUUUUCUGGAGCGAUCCUGCGGACGCUCUCAACAUUCUACGCAACGAUUAAACGUCAUCCGGAGCGGUCCAGUCUACCUGUCUGCUGUAGAUAUCAGCACCUAUAGCAUAUGCCUGGUGCAAUAGGACAAAAAACCAAGAUGUGGUGCGAGAGACAACCACUUUGACUUUGUGGCAUGACGACCCCUUACGAAUCUUUCGAGUGAAGUGUCA